UUGCUCCUGGCUAUUUGAUAGUAUGUUCACUAAAACUUUCUACAUUUGACAGUGAUACUUUGAAAAGCUGACCUCUGGCCAGUUGGCCAAAGUUAUACCUUCAGGGAUUUUUUUCGUUCUGCUGACCACAUACUCUGGAUAUUUUUUCCAUUCUUUUAAAGAUUUUGUUAAAAGUUUAUUUUUAUGAUAAUCGAGUGAUUCAAGUUUUGUUCGGAUCAGGAAACAGUUUUCAAAGACUUGGAUUAGAUUUACUUUUAGACUUAAAUGAAAUGUAAACAUUGCCUGUAGCGGGGAUAUUGUUGUUCGUCCUUGGUGAAGUGGGAUACUGAUCGAGUAAGCCUCGGGUGGCUCCCUCUAGCGGGUAGAUCUUCCCGAUGAUGACUGCCGAGUUAAGCCCCGUGGAUUCUGCCCCACUGACUUCAGUCUCAGAUGAAAACGUUGGGAUAGAAAACGGUGUUCUUAAAUCUAACGGAGUAUUAACUGAAUUGGAUAGGGUAUCCCCGACAUUUUAUAAACGUGAAACCAUGCCGUCGGCAUUUGGCCUAGUAGUAGAUCAAAAUGGAAAUACGACAAACGGCACUGAGGAGAGACGGGAUGUAUUGGGCUCACACGCGGGUCUUGGACAGCUGGUAGCCACAGUGUCGACGGCGGCAUCAUUUCCGCCGGCACCACGGCUGUCACACACGCCAACUUCGGAUUUUCAACCGCCAUAUUUUCCGCCACCGUAUAACCCUAUCUCUCAACAACCAGUUGAAUUUCAUCCACACCAUGUGAACGCAGACCCAUAUUCUCAUCUUAGUGGGUUCCAGGCCCCACAACAACACUACCAUCAGCUUCCAGACAGAAAUGUGCUCCGCCAUAGGGACGAUAUACACAAUAUGGCCGGCGGCCUCCAGCCCCAUGACAGAAAUAGAGGAGACUACGGGGGCAUGGGGCGCACGGACCUUCUCGUGCCACGGGCACCUUUAUCUAUCGGGUAUGGGGAUACGGACCCAUCCCUCCUCAGCUUGCACGGAGGAAACAUGAUGGAUGACGGAAAUCAGGGUUUAGAUGACACUGGUGGAUAUUUGGACCAAAACCAGUCAGUCAUAAGAAAAGGUAUUCGACCUAAGCUAGAGAACGGCAAGCAGCUAAUGAUAACCUCAUCGCUGGCAGGUGGCGCCCCAACCGAUGUGUUCUGUUCAGUUCCCGGUCGUCUUUCACUCCUUAGCUCAACCUCAAAGUAUAAAGUCACCGUAGCUGAGGUUCAACGAAGAUUGUCUCCCCCUGAGUGUCUCAAUGCAUCACUUCUAGGCGGAGUUUUAAGAAGGGCAAAGUCAAAGAAUGGAGGGCGGUCGUUAAGAGAAAAGUUAGAUAAAAUGGGUAUGAAUUUACCUGCGGGUAGAAGAAAAGCAGCCAACGUUACAUUGUUGACGUCUCUAGUCGAAGGGGAGGCAAUUCGUCUUGCACGUGAUUUUGGAUAUUUAUGUGAAACAGAAUUUCCCUCACGUCAGUGCGCUGAAUAUAACACUCGGCAGUACUCGGAUCCUACCGACCAAAUGACCAGAAAAAAUAUGAUUCUUGCCACUAAACAAAUUUUGAAAGAACUUAUGGACUUAUUAAAUCAAGACAGAUCACCACUUGGAAAUACACGACCUCAACUUAUCUUAGAGCCCAACAUACAAAGACACCUAUCACAUUUCAGUUUAAUAACGCACGGGUUUGGUUCUCCGGCAGUGGUAGCCGCACUUACGUCAGUACAGAACUAUCUUAACGAAAUGUUAAAAAUAAUGGACAAAAGUUUCACAACGCCAAAUAAUAUGGACCCUAAAAAAACAGAAAAGGAUGAGUGACUGUGAAUCUAGUAUCUUAAGGAAUUAUGGCAUUAUUUGAAUGGUGCAGUCACAGAAAGAAACGACGGAGAAUUAAAAACACCAAAUAAGAAUAUAACAGCAUUAGCAGCGUAAUCGUCUUACAAUUUGCCGUUCCUCGUGGACUGUAACAGGGGUGUUCAGUUUACCCUAUUUAGUUCCAUCAAAUUGAAAAAUAAAGAAAUAUGGGACUACAUAACUAGAAAUAUAGCUAAAUGAGGUGUGAAAACCCGGGGGACAUCACGUGAUUUACAGGUGUCUGUUUACGCGUGCAAUCACAUUGCUAAUGAUGAUUGAUUGCUUUUCAAUCGAUCAUUGAUCCCCGACCAGAUACCAGGAGUUGUGUGCAGACAUACGCACACAUACUUGUGACAUGAUUCCGAUGACUCAUUCAGAUACAUGGAUGAUGUAUUGUUGAUGGAUUGUGUCUAACACAAAUACUUGCCGUUAAACAGUUUUAUUGAUAUUGUUUGAAACAAUGUUUUUGUUUGCGCUAAUUUUGACCCAAGUAACUUGCUUGCAGAAAUCCACAAGUAUUCUGUUUCUGAUAUACGGAGACAUUUCGAGGUUUUGAUACAAAAACAAAAUCAUGAUAAAGACAUUUACUUUGUUUAGGUCUUAUAGCUAAAUUCGUUACUUAAGAGCACUUCUUACUGGACAAGAAAAUAUUCGUUUUUAGAUAAAACCACAUUUUCACAAUACAUAGAUUCAGUUAAAGGGAGGUAAUUGAAGUGCCUUGCCAAAAUCACGUAGAGGUUAUUCAGUCUUGCCAGUUCUGUUUGCCAAAUAAGUAAAAUGAAUAUUCAACAAAAUAAACCAUAAGUUGUCUCUAUUAUAAAAACAUAUAUCUUCUAGAUAAUUUUGAUAAAAAAGAAUUGCCAUAACAAGAACUCGUUCAUAAUUCUGGUAAUGAAACAUUCUUAAAAUGACGCAAAUAUUUUAGAGUCUAUCAAAUUAUUUUCUGCAAUCACAUUACAUCAGUUUUGACCAUUUCCGAAUAAAACUCGGAUAUUGUUUUCAGUAAUCCUUUAAGUUUGUGUCUGGAUUUCCUGCAGGAGUUUCUCACUGUGCUGAAGUAUAUACAUUUGUUUAACCAAAACUCCAUCCAUUCUUUCAAUAAAUCAAAGUCGUUGUCUGCAGGUUUUUAAUUAAUUAAAAACUGUCAAACGUUUGUUAUGGGUUUGUUUUGUUGAAUAUUUGAAAUUAUCAAAUGAACAAGAGUAGAUAAUCCGGUCAUGUGUUCUCCUUAUGUACAGUUAAUAUAUUAUAUAUAAAUAUGGCUAUAUAGAAUGUACUAUUUAUUUUGUUUUGUAUCACAUUUGAGCAUAUUUGUAUUUAAAUCAUGUCUCAUCUAGAUACUUCUGACGGGUCUUUAUAUGUUAAAUUUCUCCUACAUUGUCAUAUUUUAGUACUUAUUGGAGGUUGUCAUAAUUUUUAUAACUCAUUCACAAGUCUUAACACAUUUGUAAAAAAAAAACAAAUGCGAUUUUUUUUUUUUAAAAUUCGCAAUCAGAACCAAAAUCUAGUCUUGUUCAUAAUUACUACGCAUUGCUUGUAUUAUUGCUUAUAUAUACUUUCUUCAUGUUUAUAGCUCUCAAACAGAGUUGUCGGUCUUUCGUAAUUAUUUCAAGGGCCGCAACUCUGGAGUACAUGUCUAUGUCACACAAACGCAACCGUUGUAUUGGUUGAUAAUCCUAUGGAACAAAAUUUAUGAUAAAACAUUCUCAUCAAUUUGUUAUGAAAACUACGGACGCUCGGAGGUGACAAAUAUGCGUUUUUAUCUCGCGACCACGAGUGUGAGUAUCUCGUGCUCACGAGAAAAUUGCAUACUUGUUUUAUUGUAAUAUUUGAUAAAAGCUGGCGAAUUCCACCAAAUUUUUUGCUUUUAUUUCUAACGAAUCAAAGGGAGAAAACCUGUGUCAUUAUUUAGUUUUAAAAAUUGUUUUCAAACAGAAUGACUAUUAAUGAUUUAUUGAGAAACGAUUUAAAUAUAUUAUCGUCGAGUUACUGAUACUAUCUUUGUUUUUGAAGUGUAAUGGCGUAUAACUCCGAUGGGUGACACGAUUUGAUUCAAACGAUUUUUCAUAACUUACUCAUUCUUUUUUUUUUUAGAGCAUGCGACCUUUAUGCUGAAACAGAACUAAAUUAUUUUUCAUCGGAUACCAUUUGUGGACGUAUUCCGCUGCGCUUUGUGACGUUGAAUGAGUCAGUUGCAUAUAUAUUCGGCCUACCGCAGACUUUGAUGCAAUUAGAUAUGUUGUUUUAUUUCCCCUCUGAUUACAUAAAAAGUUCACCAUUCAAAAGUAUAUAUUCAUUAAUUUAAAAAGUUGCCAUUAAUAUGCUUAAUCGGCAUUUCAGAUCGCAUCAUUUUAUUAUCCAUGUAAAAUAUUUCUUGAUUCGCAUUUACCAUACAGUUUGACAGGGACUACUUUUUGUCCUUAAAUUACUAAAAGUAUUUACAUUCAUUAAUUUACGAGGUGUGUAUUUUACUCAGUUCGAUUCUAUUUUUUUCUUUUCUCCAUGGAUAAGAUCAAACCAACGUCAACCUUCUUUGGUAUGAAGAAUAGGCGUUACAUUUUUUUUCAAGGCUUUUAGUAUUUGAUUAAGUGUAAAUAUAUAUACUCACAUUUUUAUUUUUCAUCUCGGAAGAAAAAUAUUAGCACCGCAGUAUUGUUUAAAACAUAAACGAAAGCGUGUUACUUUUCUUACAAAACCUCUUGGUGGCUUUAAACAAACCUUAUACCAUAUUCGUUAAUUUUCUGUCAGUUUCUGUUUUGCAUUGCACUGAUUUUACUUAAAUUUUGAAAGAAUGUUGACAUUUGGUUAUAAGUCACUUCUAAGUUUCCUGGGGAAAUGCAGUGAAUUGAUAAUUAAGAUUAAGGAUGAUGAAGAAUGUUUCAGAUCAUUUUUUUGUUGUUUAUUUUAACUUCAGUGGUGUGUUACGACAUAUUUUUCAUGGGUGCAAAUUGAGAACAAAUUAAGAACGAGAAUUCAAAUAUAGAAUGAGAAAUCUAUACAUAGACCACAUAUGAAUGCUUUUUUGAGGACAUUUUCUGUUGUUAGAAUGUCAGGUUUAUACGAGGCCAUUUUUAUAAGUGUGCAUUUUGUUGUUUGUGUCAAAUGUUAUGUGGUAGAAAUGAUUAAAAUUCCAUUUCAAAGCA